GAAGGAAGGAGGGAGGAAGGAAACGGGGCAGGGAAGCGGAAGAGGGAAGGGACAAGUAGAAGGAAGGAAAAGAACGAGGAAGGCGUGAAAGAACGAGGACGGAAAGGAAGUUAAAAGAAAGUGAGAAGCCACCGCGAACAGCAGGAGGGAGAGAAAGAGCCAGAGGGGGAGAAAAGAGACCGCGGAAGAAAGAAUGAGAGGAGGACUCAGAGAGAGAGAGAGAGAGGGGAAGGGAGGAGUGAGAAAGGGAGAGAGGAGAGCGCAGGACGCGGCGGGCGCGGGCGAGGGGGAGCGCGGCGGGCAGGGCGGCAGGAGCUCGGCGAGCCCGGGCGAGGGGGCAGCAGAGGGCGCGGCGCGGAGCGAGCGCCAAAGAGUGAAGUGGGCAGCGGCGGCGGCGGCGGCGGCGAGCGCGGGGCCCGGCGAGCAUGAGCGCGGCAGCGGCGGUGGCGGCGGUGGCGGGCGCGGCGCGGGGCUCGGGGCCGGCGGGCGGCCGGGCGGCGCGGGCCGCCGAGUAGCCGCGGGCGGCGGCGGGGCAGGCGGCCGGCCGCCGGACCCCGAGCCAGACGCGGAGCCAGAGCCCCAGCCCCAGCCCCGGCCACAGCCUGGGCCCCAGCCCCAGAUCCGCGCCGCGUCCGGCGCGCCUAGGAGCGGGCGCCUUCCGAUCCGGGAGCCUGGAGUCCCCGCGUUCCCGCAGCCCCGCAGCCCCCAGAACCCGGACAACUGUUGCGGCGGCGGCGGCGGCGGCGGCGGCGGCGGGGGCAUCGCGGGGGCGUGGGCACCCCCCACACCCCAGCAGGCGGCUCCCGCGGGCGCCGGCACCCGGCUACGGAGCGAGGAGCGAGCGGGCGGCGGGCACGAGGCAGCUCUGGACGGAUCAAUGCCAGCCAAACGAUGACCAGUUGUGGCCAGCAGUCCUUGAACGUGCUCGCCGUCCUCUUCUCGUUGCUGUUUUCUGCAGUCUUGUCUGCACAUUUCCGGGUCUGCGAACCAUACACAGACCACAAAGGCCGCUACCACUUCGGCUUCCACUGCCCCCGGCUCUCGGACAACAAAACUUUCAUCCUCUGUUGUCACCAUAACAACACGGUCUUCAAAUACUGCUGCAAUGAGACGGAGUUCCAGGCGGUGAUGCAGGCGAACCUCACGGCCAGCUCCGAGGGUUACAUGCACAACAAUUACACAGCCUUGUUGGGAGUGUGGAUCUAUGGCUUUUUCGUGUUGAUGCUGUUGCUUCUGGACCUUCUGUAUUACUCGGCAAUGAACUACGACAUCUGCAAGGUCUACCUGGCACGGUGGGGCAUCCAAGGACGGUGGAUGAAACAGGACCCCCGGCGGUGGGGGAACCCUGCUCGGGCCCCUCGGCCGGGGCAGCGGGCCCCACAGCCGCAGCCUCCCCCAGGCCCACUGCCGCAAGCCCCCCAGGCCGUGCACACGCUUCGGGGAGACGCCCACAGCCCACCGCUGAUGACCUUCCAGAGUUCGUCUGCCUGAAAACCCUUUUGCUGUGCCUCAGGAUGGGGGAGAUGAGAGCCGAAGCACCUGGUGCAGCCUCCAAGAACAACUUCUACAGAGAUGCCAGGGAGAGCCAAGGUGGCGGCAGUGGCAGAGGAGGAAAUGCUGCCUCUGCCCCAAACUCCCUUCUCUGGACUUCUAAGAUUAGGAGCAAACUCAGGGGUAGGGGCUGGGGGUACAGGGGAAGGAAUUCUGAGCCACCUGUCUGCAAGCAAUAGUCCUAUUUUGGGCUGGUGGCUUCUGAAAGGUGACUCAUUGUGGACUCAGGAUGACCAAGAAAAAGCAACUCUGGCUGGUUCCAGCCAGGCGGUUUGAGGCCUGUGAGUUAUACCUGUGGUUGAAAACCGAAGCUUCCCUUGCCCCCGCUCCCUCCAAUAGCAGCCCCUUGGGCCUAUUUGUGUCAGAAUAUUGAAUGUGCGUGUGUGUGCGUGUGUGUGAUUUGGGGUGUUCCUCUUGUUUGCUUGGUUGGUUGGUUUUUAUUGGGGCUUCCCCACUCAAGUUCUCUGAUGGGCACAGGCCACCCUCUGGCUGGGGGUUCUCAUCAGUGUCAAUGUCUGGGCCACCAGUUUUUUGCUAAGCACAGGGUACAGCCCCUCUGUGUCUCAGGGGGCACUGGGGAUUUGAAGAUGCCAGUUGGGGUUGAUUCUUAAAGAAUUCGUUCCUGUAAUGAUAGUAAUACUAAGGGACGCAUCUCAGGCUGAGGGUGGCAGGCACCGAGUUAAGUGUUUUCAUGCGCACUCCCUCUCACCACCUGGGAGGCAGGUAUGACUAACCCCCUGCAUAAACAGCGGGGACGGGGUGCCCAGGGCCACAUGGCCAGGAGGAGAUCAACCCCUCCUUUGACCUCAGGGGUGCAGGAACCCAAAGUCCAGUCUCCAACACCCUGGAUAUGACGUGCUCCCCAGCCAGGGCACGCCCUGCACAAUGCCAGCAGCGUCUCCUUGAUGCCUCUGCAGGCCAUCACCCUGAGUUCUUCACUAUCACGGCCUGGAGCGCGGAUCCACUCAGCACAUUGUGGCUAAGUGCCUGCUGUGUGCCAGGCCCUGUGGGGGGACAGUCUUAGCCCCUGGGGAGCUCCCCAUCUGAGGGGAGAGACAGACACAUGGAUCUCUGCUGGAAAGGGGAACAAGGCUAUGGAAACCCAGAGAGGAGAGUUCUAGAAAUCCAUCCACUUUAAAGUGGGAUAUCCACCUAAACUUCAACGCCCAUAACAUCCACCCACGGAGCUAAUCACCUCCACUCCUGCCCCCCAACCCCGGGGCAUAGAUGAGAUGGCACCACUUAGAUGAUCACAAAUGUCUCUAAAGGCUACACUGCCAGUGUAGACACACUCAUUCCAUGGCUGCUAGUGAUACCAAAUCUCCCCAGCUCUUAGCUUGGGAGGCCCUGCUUACUAGACGUGUGUAUCCUCUCUUCAUCAGACCCACUGUUCUCAUGCUGACCGCCCAUCCAUUCACCAGACAUGACAGUGAGCAGGGCAGGUCCUUGCUGACUUUCUAGCUGGGGUGGGAAGACUGAAGAAGGAAGGUACAGGAUGGUGAGUGCUCCGCUGAGAACUCAGUCUGAGGGACACUCGGUGAGGCCCUUGUGCACCUGGAGAGGUCUGGGAAGGCCUUCCUGAGCAGGUGAUUGAGGUCCGGAUUUGAAUGACAGAGGAGCAAGCCAUGGGAGUUAAAGAUAGGAAAAGAGCUUUCCAGCUGAGGGAACAGCUAGUGCAAAGGCCCUGUGGCAGCCAUAGGCUUGGUGGUUUCAAGGAAGCAUAAGAAAGCCAGGUGGCUGGGACACAGAGGGCAAGGAAGGCAGGAGUGCCCAGCUCCGGACUCCACUGAGUCACGCUGCACAAACACAGUGCCCUGCCUUUGGGAAAGCAGAAACAACUUGCUAGGGCAUAAAGCAUCCUCCAUGCUGCCUGGCUCUCCAUCUUCUGUACAGCACCAGAAAGAAGGGGCUCUCCCCCUUUUAUGGAUGAGAAGACAGACUCAGCCAGGUCAAGUAGCUUGCCCAGGGUCACAAAGGUCACCUGUGGAAGACCCCUGGCUUCAGUCUUUGGGACCAGCCGUCUCUUCCAGGCAUAUGGCUUGGCCAAGGCAAAGUAGGAGAACCUCUGCUUGGGGUCUCAAUUAGAGAAAGGAAUGGCUUGCUGUCCCCUGAUGUGAGCCAUCCCAGGGCCAUGUUGCCAUGGAGGGGUGCACAGCCUGCCCACAAGCCCAGCUGGGGCAGCCGCAGCUGCAUCCCCUGUGCAGUGCCUCCGGAGGCAGAGGAAGCCUUGGCAGCAGUGGGGGAGGGAGGAGCAAGACCCAGAUUCUGACAUAGCUCUGCCACUGAGAGCAGAGUGACCUCAGGCAACGCCUGUGCCCUCAGUUUCCUCACUGGUAAGAGGAAGGAAUCGGACGGUUCUGUCAGGGGUUUGCCACCCUGGAGUCCUGCUAUUCUGGAUGAUGCUCUUUAGCUGCUUCCUGUGCCGAAAGAACUGGUGGCCUUGCCUCCCUCUCCUGGACACCUGGGGUAAGAGGUCACUGCCAGACAGCUAGAGCUGGGAUUCACUGGAGCUGCAUCCCUUCAUAUUUACAACCUUCUAGAAGGACAUUCCUCCUGGCCCCAACAGAGGUCCUUCGGGAAGAACUGAAAAGGCCCAUGGGGUCUGUUGUUCUGCUGCUCUGCCGAGUACCUCUGGGGCAGCCAGGCUGACGCAUGGAACAUUCUGUGGCAAGCAGGAGGCCUCAGCAGAGAUCACCAAGACCCUGCACACCUGGUACAGGUAGCCUUCAGCAAAGGCAGGUGCAGAGUGCAGACAACCACAGCACCCUCCUUCACGCAGGUGAUCCCCGCCAGUCACUUAACCUCUCAGAGCCUCUGCCUCUCACCUAUGAAGUGUGAGGUGAGGUUCCAGGGAGCACAGCCCUUGCUGUCUCACAGGGGAGCCAAGGAGUGAGAACAAUGUCACGUGGGUGUGAAUACUCGGUGUGGAAAGCAGGUGGGGGUGUGUAUUCAAAACCCGAUAGGUCCCCAGGUUAUCGUGAUAAACCUUGUCCCCAUCCUGCUGUGGCUGGCAGGUCCUUCAAUGAGUAGUGUCCCUCAGAACAAGAGGGUUUCAGGGCCGUGAUGAGUUCAAGUUUAGAUUUCUAGGGUUAGCAUUUUUUAGUGACUCUUACACCUGAUUUUCUAAGCUGCCUACUUUUACAUUUUACUGUGAGCUUCUGUCCAUCACCACGUAAUUUGUAAUAAUACGAAAAGACAAACACGAGAGAAGAGGACACGAUGUCCACAGAGGAAUCUGCGAUCCAGGCUGCUGUGCAGAAUGACCGCGUUUGUAAGGACUGUUUCCCGCUGGGAACUGUGUGUGAUUCACGAGCAGUUUUAUGCUUCCCCUCUCGUCUGUGUACGGUGUGACUGUUGUGUGUUUCAGAAUCUCUGUUCAGAACCAAUAGCUGAUAGUGCCCACUGGCUCGAUGCCCUCACGUUAGCCUCUGACCGUGCCCUGCACCUUGAGAAGCAGCCUGCUCACCCGCCUGGCCUCACCCCCUCCAGCUGCCUGGCCAGCACCUGACUAUUGCUGACAUGCAACAGGCCUUAAUUGAAAACACACAAGUGCAUACAUGCACACACAUGCACAUGAAUACACACGUGCACAUGUAACCAGGUGUGCAUGCACACACAGGUGAUUCCACAGGUAGAUUCGGUCCCUCUUGCUAGCUCUAAUUCUCUAGAAAGCAGCAGGUGGGCAGCUGCCAGUGGUCCCUGGGUGGGUGGCUCUCCCCUCAUCAUCAGAUUCAAAUUUGGCUAAGAACUGAAGAGAAGGACUGGGGAAUGUCAGGAAAAACGCCACCAGGAAUGGGGAUUAACAGGCUUCUUGAGACAGGAGAUGGUUCCCAGUUCACCAUCAACCUAAAAGCUAUCUUCAGGUCUAGUCGAACAGACCAGGACUGUGGCUGUGGGUUGGGCUGAGCCCGGCACUGACUCCCCCACCUUUACAUCCCUCCAGCCACAGUCCCACCCCGGCCCCUCUGCUGGCUCGGCAGCCUUCACAAUCACCAUGUCUAUUAAGGAAACAGUGUUCCCAGAGGUGCAGAUGUGCAGAAUGUUUUGUUGGCUUAUUUUAAUUUCUCAACUUGGCUGGCUGGUCCCCAUCAACAGGAAGAACAUGCAGAAGUGAAUUUACAGAUACCCCCAUGCUUGAAAUUAACACAAACCCAGGAGGCAGAAGGUGCAGUGAGCUGAGCUCGCGCCACUGCACGCAGCCUGGGCAAUGGAAUGAGACUCCGUUGGGGAGGAAGGGAAGAAAGAAAACAUUACAGUCCUGGAUGGCAUUACUGGGGGCAUAUGUCUUAGCAAUGUUGAAGGGCCACCCCUCCCUGGAGGGACACAUCCACGUGGGCCCCUUUAGUCUGCUGUGAAAAUCUAGGGUUGGAAGGGUGGGGUGGAAGCAAAUGGCAGGGAUUCUUCUUCAUCCUGCUCACAUGGUGGGCAUCAGAGUAUGUCUGCUUGGCCCCUGCAACAGCAGCCGGAUGGUCAGAGGGGCUGUGAGUGGAUGAUGCCCUGAUCAUUGUCCUUUGCAGUCCAGGAAUACAUCCCUGGGCUGGAGCCACACCCUGUGCCCUCCAGCAGACAAGGCUGUACACUUACUACGUGUGGCAGAUGCCACACAGUGCUCUCGUUCCUUGCCGUAGUAACAUGUCCGGCUCUGGUACUUAAAUGAAUGCAGACAACUUUGAGGAUUGUGGCCAGAAAAGCUCAAAUGUUAAAGUUAGGCAGUCAGGCCAGCUGGAAGAGGUCAGGCUCCUCCUAGAAAACCCGUGCAAUGAUACGCACUUCCCUCGCCUGUUCAAUAGAUACUUGCCGAGCACCCACCUGGGAGCCGUUCCUGCUAGAGCUGGGACCACCUAUAAAAUGACUAGUUUUGCCUAACGGACAUGUUCAGAUUCACAAAAUAUAUACAGAACCCUUACUUGUCUCACCCCCAAAAGUGACUUUGGAGGUGUCAUGGCCCCUACCCACCCCCGUUUGUAGUCCAAGCCCCUGGCCAACAGCUGGUGCUAGAUCGGUGCUUGAUGAAUGAGCAGAUUUGGCUAUUAAUUACUUUGUACCUAAAACUCCUACCUUCACUCAAAGCCCUGAUGGAUUUGCCCUUGACAGACCAAAAUUCAGGGCUGCUGCAGGGCUCAACUCCAGACACUGUCCCACCAAUGGUAAUGGGCUCCCAGGAAGAUUGUUUACAUGGGCUGCACUGAGAAUGGUGACCCUUGGGUUUGUGGGAUGAGGUACCCUGUUGAAUGACCCUAAAUUAGCCCCUCCAAAAUGAAUAGAAUCCCACACUGGUCAGCGCCAAUCCUGAGCACUGGAUCAAAAACUGUAGAUUACACGGCCACAACAUGAACCAAGCUGGGAGUCCAAGAAAGCCGCUUCUCGGAAUUGCAUACCAGUUUCUCAUAUUCAAUUUCUUUCUGUUUCUCCCCGUGUCCUAUUUUAAAGAUAGUGACAUACAUCACAGUCAAAUAACCAAGUGGUCAGCGUCUGGGCCAUGUGCAGUAACGAGGUGGAGGCUGCAAGGGUAAGGAGUCAGUCACCUUAACAAGGCAGGAAACCUCCCACCAAAGGUCGAUGUGUCCUCCCCAGGGCCAGUCUGAAAAGGGCACGCAGCAGCAGGGUGGAGGGAUGGAAACAUUUUCUCUCUUGUCCACCCUGACUUCAUGGGAGCAGGCAUGGGGCCUGAGAGCAGAUAACCGGGAAAACCAAAAACCAAUAAUCUUCCUAAUAAUAAUACUAGAAUGUAACAAUAAUGUGUUUUUCACUGACUGCUGUUGCUCUGCUUUUGUCUUUCUAUACAGUAGUUUUUAUAACGAUGUCCUUAGGUUUUAAUAAAGGAGUGUCAUGUCAACUGUU